AUGGACCCAGGCGAGUACCGAAACGAUCCCACCCACAACAUGUACACGCCAACUAAUCAUCUCUACGCUCUCAAUCAAACGUCUGGAAGUCGGUCCGUUGAUCCCAACGCUCUAGCCAUCAACUCGUCCAGUAUCGUGCCUACCUGGACUGUUCAUUCGCCGUACUCGCUGCCCUAUGGAGCCCAGGUCCCCGUCGUGGCCCCUAUGGCCCAGCCCUAUUCACACGGUGUGCACCCAGAUAGUUUCUACGGCGCUGAUCCGACGCCCGUAUUUCCUCAGCCACCUAUCCCUCAGCCAUCCAAUUCACGACCUAUGCGACCGGAUCCUAUUCCUCCCGUACAAACCCGUCCGGCUUCUCUUCAAACGAGCCUCGCCGAGAUAUCGUCAUCAACGUGGCUACAGAAUGACGAACCAGAACCCAUCGUUGGUGGCCAAUCAAUCUUAUGCAGGUUCCUCGGUCGUGAUCCAGCCUUGCCCGGACUUUAUAUCUGCCUAUUCGACGAUUGCAACAAGACAUUUGACCGACUCGACCGCGCCAUACCGCACAUUCGCGUCCACCUUGGCCACAAGCCUGUCCCCUGCAACGGACAGUGCGGCAAACCCUAUUGGUAA